UGAAUGAUGACUUCACCUAACUCACAUCAUUAUCAAUGGGCCAACCAGUGUAUCCAACGGGUGACCAAUCAGAUGCCUGGAAAAUCUGCGACCGUGGUACCAGUGUUGACCAAUGGGGGAACAGUCAAUGGUGGAGGUGCAGCCAAUCAUAGGGAUGGUGCCCGCGGGCAGUAGCCAAUGAUGAGGAGGGAGGUGCCCAGUGGGCGGGCUGAUGAGGUGGUGUGGAGAGCUCGCGGUCCGGGACUGUGUGUCCGCUUGCUCACUCAGUGCCACUACCCAGUACCUCCACCAUCUCAACAUCUCUUGCCCGCCCUUUUCAAUGACACGUUGCCUCAGUUAAACCCUUCUCUCCACUCCCCCCUCAAAACAAAAAGUUUGUUUUUGUUUCCACACCCCCAUCAUCUCUUUGUACCUGAGGCACUUUGAUCAGGUGCAUCCAAGUGUGGCGACGAGCUGUCACCGAGCGUCUGUUAAAAACAAGGAGUUGCAAGGAAAACUCCCUGACAACGGAGCCUGUGGCGUUUGGCUGAAGCCAGCGGCGUUUGCUCACUUGUCUUUUGUUAAACGUUCACUAAUAGUCGCUGACGUGUGCAGCCUGCGCGGCUCCAAGUGGUGUGCACCUUCCGAGAGAUGCCCAGAUCUAAGUAGAGGAAAUACGGAUUUCGAUCUGAAACUCUCCUGAUUUAAACCAUCUGAGAGCCGAGGUCCCGAGUUCUCCCGGAGUGCAGUCCGAAUCGUUAGUCUUUGGGAGAAGGGAGACUUUUGUUAAAAAUCAGAUGCAGAAGCAAUGGAGCUGAGCUGCCACGAAGUACCAAUAUAUGGUCAACAAUCUUUGGUAGCAGUGUUUGAAGCAACCUGUCCCGUAUCUGAGGGCGCCGAAUGGUACUUUGUAUAUGAGGGUUCACGCCAGAAUCAUGUAACUGUGGCACAGAGACUUAAUGCUAAAAUACUGCAGUCAGUUGUUCCAGGUCAUGAUACUUCAGAAGAUGUUACAGUUUCUGCCUGUAUGCUCACAGAGGCAAAAUCAGUAUCUAUCCUUGGGUGCAGCAAGAUAAAAUACAUUGAGGAUGUAGCAUCUAAACUAACUCAGGUUCUCGUUGAAAGUGCCGGGAUGGUGGAUUGCACGAGCCACCUGACUCUGCUUGAACAAUUUGGCCUCACCAGAGAGGCUGCACAGUCUUUAGAUGAAAAUAUGACAGCUGCCAUUGAGCACUUGGAAUUACCACCAUCUUGGAAUCUGCUUGGAAAGUGGGCAGGAAAAGAGAUAUGCUACAAGGAAACCCUGCUACAUGUUUCAGUGAGACUAGGUCUUUAUAAAUUCUCUCAGUUUUUACUGUGCCAAUCUGGUGGUAUCCAAGCUACCAUUGUGCCCAAUGAGGAAGGAGUGAUGCCCAUAGACUUAGCAUUACAGAAUGGGAUGCAUUGCCUCGUUGAAUUUUUGAAAGAUAUUGAGAAUUCCCGAGUCACACCAUCAGUUGGAAUCUCAAAGAUGUAUGGUGACAGCCACAAACUACAGAAGCGCGGAAGUGGACCAAACACUUUUAUACUGACUGUGGAUAACAAGAUAAGGCAUUCACUGGAGUCAGAUAUUCUGCUUCUGCGGGGAUAUAUACAUGAUGCUAACUUGGAGAAUAUGGUGCCUUACCAGGGAAAUGCAAAAAUGAAUGAACUGAAGUUGAAUCAUCUCUGUACAGAGGAGGGCCAUAGUGAAGUAAAAGAAGAGCAAGAUCUUUGCUCUGAACCAUUUACCAAUGAAUCUGGUCAGUCGAUGGGAAGCACAGAGAAGGAGACCUGUGUUGAGUACGUUAGCACUCUGGGAGAUCAAGCAGGUUUAUUGCUGGAUGAAGUGGAUAAGGCAUUAAUUGAUACAGAGUGCAAACAUUCUUCACAAGAAAUCGUCAAGAAGUCAAAAUCAGGUUCAUCUACCUUCUUGGCUGCAGCAAGACUUUCUUCCAUGCUGAGCGGCAGAGAAGAAGUUUAUGUCAAUUCUAUGGUUGUAGAUCAGGUUAAUGAAGGCAGUCUAAACUAUAAUAGUAGCAAUGUUACCAUCGCAAGUACCAGUACUACUAACACACUGCAUGAGAAGUCAUCAGAGGACCAACAUUGCCAUGCUUAUGAUGUCCCUCAGUCUAUGGAGUCCAAUAUACCUGCAUCAUUAGAAGACAAUAUACUUAGGAAGCAUUCAAGUGACUGGCUUGAGGACCAUAUAGACACCACAGUUCUGAAGGACGAUCGGAAUGAUUUUGCAGAACAAGUUUCUGAUUUAUCUUCACCUGAUCAUAUUUUAUGCCAAUCAUCAUUACUAUCUGAGCAGCAUGAUUCUGUCAAGGCAGAAAGUCCUUCCACAAGCAUCAUCUGUAAGCAAAGGUUCAGCUUUGAUGGCAUUGAUGCAGAUAGCGAAGGAGAAGAAGUUUCAGAUAGGUCUCAGGGCUCAUGCACUCCAAAAUCUCCAAACUCUGUUGCAUUAUUUGCCAGCAGUGGAGAUGAACUGGAUUCUUUUGAGAUUCACCAGGAAACUGAGAUAACCAUCAAGGAAUCGCAAUUGAGGCCUUCAUCCAAUGGUUUAUUGCCAAAGGAGUCUGAAGAUACUGGAAUUCGGCUGAGAUCAUACUCCCUUUCCUCUCCUAAAGUCUCUCAAAGCAAAUCUCGAUUCAUAAGGGAUUUUGGCAUGUUUGAUUCUACAAAUGAAGAUGGUGUUUUCAGCAGUGGACGAUCCCUUCUUCAAGCACUGUCACUGUCUAAAUCAGUUUCUCUGCUACACCAUGGUAAACAGCGAACUUUCAGCCUGCCUGAGCAUCCGAAAGAAAAAAGGGAACUUAGUUUUCGCAAACGGGCACAGUCAGCUGAUGAGGAAGGCUGUUCGGAGCUAGCAGACUCGCUGCAGCAUCUGACUUUGUCGGAGUUUCUAAAAGAAAUUGAAGAGGAAGAGUGGGACAAGUAUAUUAUUCCUUCAAAAGCAGAGACUGAAAAGUAUAAAGUGAGUCGUACGUUCAGCUUCCUCAAAAACAGAAUGACGAGCACCAGGAAUAAGGGCAAGGGAAAGCACAAAGAUGCCAAGGAAAAAGAGAAAUGGAGCAACGGCCACCAAUUCAUUGCAGGAAUUAUUUCAGGGACACUACAAUGCAUGGUUUGUGACAAGCUUGUUGGUGGAAAGGAUGUUCUGCAAUGCUUCAAUUGUACCAUGAGUAUUCAUAAAAGUUGCAGAGAUUCUGUUCCUAUGUGUAUUAAGGCCAAGUAUCCAAAUCUUCAAGACAAAUGUCACAUAGUAUCACGAAGCAAACCAACCCAGUGUGUGCACUCAAAUUCACUGAAGGACGCUUCACAGUCUGCAUUCCUAUCAAUGAACUCCACCUCAUCAUCCUUGCCUAUUGGACUUUCUGCUCUCAAACGAGACAUCUCGCUACAACAUCAGCCAUUGUCAAAGAGUGCUUCUAGUAUUGGUAUAGACAGAAGAAUCAUGGAGUCGAUGGACAUAGAGGUGGAUAGCUAUGUUUCCAGGAACAAGUCACAGUCUGAGGAACUGUUUCAAACAAUGGACUCAUCUCCUUCAACAGAAUCACUUGCAUUAGAGGAUAAUGUAGUCCCUUCAGUGCGUGGAGACCUUGAGUUUGAUGCACAGGAGUUUAAAGCUGAGUCCUGGAGUCUUGCUGUUGAUCAUGCAUUUAGUAGUAAACAACAGAAAGAUCUGAUAAAGCGACAAGAUGUUAUUUACGAGCUGAUGCAGACAGAGAUGCACCACAUUCGGACACUGGAGAUAAUGUCAGAAAUUUUUAGGAAGGGCAUGAAGGAGGAGCUGCAAUUAGAUCACAAUACCAUUGACAAAAUAUUUCCAUCUUUAGAUGAGCUCUUAGAAAUUCACAAGCAGUUUUUUUUCUGCUUAAAAGAGAGAAGGCGGGAGUCUUUCGAGGAGGACAGUGAAAGGAACUUUUUUAUCAAUAGGAUUGGCGAUAUCCUUUUACAACAGUUUGCAGAUGAAAACGGCAAUAAAUUGAAGCAAACCUAUGGUGAUUUCUGUAGCCACCACAAAGAGGCAGUUAGUUUCUUUAAAGAACUUCAGCAACAAAAUAAGAAGUUCCAAAACUUUAUCAGGCAACAAAGCAACAAUCUGCUGGUCCGACGCCUCGGUGUACCAGAGUGUAUACUUCUUGUCACCCAGCGGAUCACCAAGUAUCCAGUCCUGCUUGAGCGAAUACUGCAGUACACAAAAGAAGGAACAGACGAGAAUGAGGAUGUGGCAAAAUCUCUGAGUUUGAUAAAGGACAUAAUAGCAGCCGUUGAUACAAAAGUCAACAAAUAUGAGAAAGAGCAAAAGCUAUUAGACAUCUUAAAUAAGUUUGAAAACAAAACAUAUGCCAAGUUAAAGAAUGGCCGUAUAUUCCGGAAACAGGACCUGAUCAACAAAGGGAGGGAGUUACAGCAUGAGGGCUCCAUGUUUUGGAAAACAGCCACAGGACGAUUGAAAGAUAUUACAGCUCUGCUUCUUACUGAUGUGCUGAUUUUCCUGCAGGAAAAAGACCAAAAGUAUACCUUUGCAACUGUGGACCAGAAGCCUGCAGUUAUCUUGCUGCAGAAAUUAAUUGUCCGAGAAGUAGCCAAUGAAGAACGAGGAAUGUUCUUAAUUAGUGCUUCAUCUGCUGGACCCGAAAUGUAUGAAAUGCAUACAAACUCAAAAGAGGAUAGGAAUAACUGGAUGAGAUUGAUCCGCAUGGCAGUAGAGAGCUGUCCUGAGGAGGAGGAAGAACGUUUAAGUGAAUAUGAAGAGGACAAGCGUAUUGCUGAGGCAAGAGCUGCCAGGACCCGGAAAUUCCAAGAGCGACUGAGAUUCCAGGAUCAGCUAGUUUGCAGCAGUUUGGAGGAGAAGCUCCAAAUCUAUGCAGAGAUGGCUGAAAGAAAUGGCUAUGAAGAAGCAGGUCAGGAAACGCAGCUUUUGAUCAAACCAGAUACCAUUGAAUUUCCACAAGCUGGAUUUUUAUUGACUGCUGCAGUCAGGGAGGCUGAAGGUCUGCUUAGCCUACUGACCUCUCAACCAUGCAACUUUACUCAACAGUCACAGGAAAGUUUGGAAGAGUCAGUGAUGCCACACAGACUGGAGUUGCUUGGGAACUUUAGUUUGGAAGCUUCACCACCAUCUAUGUAUACACCUGAUACUAGGAUCCCAAGUCCUCAGUUAUCAGUUGCAGAUCCAUUGAUGAAACAGACAGAAAGUGUAUGGUAUGGCUUUGACACUCCAUUUUUGCAGACAGAUGGUGAACUCUACAGACCUAAAUCACAUGACACUAUACGACAGAUUGUUCAUAGUGUGCAAAAUAUCACUCAGCUUCUUUACAGUUUACAGGCUGUAGUCACCAUACAGGACAGUUACAUAGAAGUGCAGCGGCUGAUAUUGCAGGAGCGUGAGCGAUCAGCUCAUAUCCAAGGCGCUCGAGGGAACAUGCUUCUCGAGCAAGAGAAACAGCGCAACAUGGAGAAGCAAAGAGAAGAACUUGCAAAUGUACGCAAACUUCAGAGCAAGCUGUACCAUGAGCAGCAGCGCUGGGAACGAGAAUGUGAACGCAGGCAGCGGGAACAGGAAGCACAAGAGAGUCGACUACAGGAACGUGAGCACGAAUGUCAGCAGCAAGCAGAGCAGAUGUGGCGAGAGAGGGAAGAGUUAGAGAGCCAGUGGAAAGAGUACCAGCAAAAUCUGGAGAGACUGAGGGAAGGCAUGAGAAUGGUGGAAAAGGAAAGAGGCAAAUUGGAAGCACAGCAAAGGCAUGUAAAUGCCUGGAAACACAGCCGGCAGAGGAGCCUACCUGUAAUGAUGUUCCCACAGGAAACCAGUCAGGUUCCAAUUCACACUCGCACAGGAAGCUUGGGCGGUGCAGGAAUAGAUACAGCAUCGGUCUUCGUAAAUGAGGCUGCACUCCAGUAUUCACCAAACAAUUACCAAAGACCAAACAGUGUACAGACAUUUUCUGAAUCUCACAAAGUGGAAAGUGCCUUGAACUCCAUUGUUAGGAUUAAUGAAAACUUGAAACACGAAGUUCCUGUUCAGCUUCUCAGUGCAACUAAUCAGCUUCUGAAACCUACAGGCAUCCAUCAACAGAUACCAACAAAAUUGGCAAGUUUCUCCAAAGGAAACAGGGAGAAAACAAAAGUUUCCUGUGACCAAGCUAACUAUAUAAAAGAGAUGGUUUACACAAAAGAUAAUCCUGAUAAAGCAAGUGGUUCUUCAAGUCACGUGUUAUUGGAGCAUCAAAGUGUUAUUUUCCAUUCAGAUCUGAAUACCAAACGAACAACCUUGUCUGUUCGAAAACCAGCUUCAAGCACUCUGCAUCAGGGGGGUUUACAGUCACAACGUGAAAUGCAGCUGUUAGUUCAAGAAUGCUCAUAUGUCCCACAGGAAAGCAAACAUGGACAAGAAGAUGGGGCUGAAGAGGAGAACGUAUUCUACUUCUGAAAGUUCUUCAAUAUUAGAACUUUUGAGUCAAACUAGAACAACAUAUGGCCACCUUGACCUCUUGGUCCAUAUUCAGUUAAGUGUUACAUCUAGAGAAAUCUGGCAGUUAAUUCUUUACUCAGCCUUAUAGUCCCAGAUAUGCUUAUGAACCUUGAAGUUUCAUGAAAUUUAUUACACUUUUCAGUUUAGUGAUAAGAUUAUGAUAUAUGAAAUACUAUAUCAUCAGCUACGUCAUGCUAGUUGAAGCAGUUAUAAAUCAAAAAAGACCAUAUCUAACUUGAAGUCUUCUUGUUUCAAGGACAGGUUUUGAUAUUUUUGCCUGAAGUUCUUAAGUUAUUAAUUACAAUAAUCUGAUUUUCUUUAAUCAUAGGUCCAAUUUCGAAGGUUAAACACUAUCUUGCUUAGUCAGUUUAUGCUUAAUUUCCCAGGGUCACGGUGGCCUCCCACUAUACAGGCUCUGUUUUAUUUUAUUAAUUCUACUGCCUGUCAUUAUUAAAAUUGUUGGGUGUGAUUUAUGACCUACUUAGACAUCACUAAAGUUGGCUUUCAAUUGUAAUUUGAUCCUCUCCAUCAUGAAUUUAGUGUACAUACAUUUUUAAAGUCAUAGAUCUUGAAAUUCCCUUGUUUGAUCUAUUUAAGCCCAACGUUUUGAACCAUCAUUUUGCAUGCCUGCAACAUUAGAGUGUUCCAGACAAAGAGAGACCCAUUGUACUCUAAUUGACUUAUUGUUAACUAGGCAAAUAUCAUAACCUACAAGUUUUUCAUAAUUGUUGGUUGCUUUCUGUGACAUAUAGCUAUCCAAUUCACUAUUGAAUUUCCCAACACUAUUCAUCUCCACUGAUUCCCUGGGCAAUUUGUUCCAUAUAUUCAUUAUCCUCUGUGGGAAGGUUGUUAAAUCAAAAAUGCCUGUUACCUAUCCCUGUUUUGGUCCAGUUCUCUAACCCUUACUGUACUAUUUGUGUUCAUGUUAAAUAUAGUACUAGUUUAAAGGAAGAAAUAAUUUGCAUUUAUAUAGUAUCUUUGAUGAUUCCAAGGAGUCCCACAGCAAUGUACAGCCAAUGUGGUCCUUAGUUUAUGCCUUAAAUUCUUGAACAUGUCAAUAACAUUUCUUACAUAUGAUUUUCUCAACGUGCAGGUACAAAAUCCAAAGUAUCAAAUUAGUUCACCAGUGAGGAUAGCACAGCAUUACUAGCAUGGGUGGCGAGUGUCCAAAACAGUAUUCCAGAUGCUAUGAAUUGAUUACCACUUGUUGAGAUUUGUAUUUUAUAUGUUGGCUACAAAUCUUAAGAGGUUGUUUACUUUUUUUCACUCAGUGUUAUUAUAUAUUAUCUUGUAUUUUCAAGAUACUUCCCAGAUACUCCCAUAUCUCCCUCAUCUGUAAUAUGCAGAGUAAUGCUGAUUCACCCUCAUAUUUUUGUGAGUAGCAGGUACCAAUUACCAAUCUAAUUUCCUUUCAUAUUAGCUCUUUUUAUUCUAUUAUUUAUAGUUAUUUUCUUCUUCACCCAUUUUUUUCAGGUUUGAUAAUACCCAGCAUACAUUUUUUCUGUUCCCAUUCUCAAAUAACUUUCGUAUGUAUUGGAAAUAAAAGUGGAUCAAACACUGGUCCCCAAAGGCAUGCUGCAAGACAUCAUCUUGCUGAUGCAGCUUCCUGUAUAGUUCUCCUUCAUUUCCUCUGAUUCAGCCAAUUUCCAGUUCAGUUCAGAAACUUGGCUGCCGUUUAUGAUAAUGUGCCCCUUGAGUUUGUUAACAACUAAAACAGCCAACCAUUAAUGGUUGAAUUUCUUUGCUAAAUUGUUAUUAAUGACAGUCUGUGAUCCAAUUUCUCUCAUUUGUUUAAAAGUUAAGAUUUGUUCCACGAGUUUUUCUAAAAUACUGGUUACAUACACUACAACAGCACAGAAUUUAUUUAAUCUUUAUUACCAGAUUUUCCUUGUACAUUAUAAUCAUGUUAAUGCAGGAGUUUUUGAGUCACAAGGUAGAUGCAAUGAUGGUCUAGUGCAAAGAAAGAUCACACGACCAAAACUGAAUUUGGAUGCAUUAAAUUAAUAUACCUACUUAUAUUAUCCUUUAUUAUAAAGGGACCAGAAAAAAUGUUUAUUAUUCGUAUGCUACAAAAUAGAAUUCCAUUCCUAAACCUCUGAUAUGUUGCUUCUCUAUCCUCUUGUAAGUCACUCCAUAAAACCUAUUUACUUGACCAAUUAUAUAUCAGUUUUGCCAAUAUAACUUUGUGGUGAUGUGUCAAAUUUUGCUUGAUACCUAUACAGGGAAAUACACUGGGGUGCUUUUACUAUGUUAAAGGCAUUAUAUAAAUGCAAAUUGUUGUUAGAGCGGAGUUGGGUAAAAUUGAUGAACAGUUGCAGGGUCUAAUGGAUAUGCUAAAAAAAACAUUUAUUUCUUGUUUGGUUGAAUAUUUCUACCACUUUAGGUAGAACUAUAUCAAAUAUAUUUAAUGCUCAGUGUAGAUCCUAUACAAAAUAGGUCAUUUCACUCAGAGGAGCUGUCACCCCAUUUCCUAGUUGCAUCUAAUGCUAGAGUAUUAUUAAAUGUCCGACUCACUCAGUGAGUUCUCAGAUAUUCUAAAUGUCUAUUUGGUUAAGAAAUUACAUAUAAUAUGCCAAUAUCUACAUUGCUAAAAGGAUAAAACUAGAUUGAGAGCACUUUCAAGUUAUGUUUAGCUGUAAUCAUUGUAAUUUAAUUCAAUGCUCAAUCCUGUUCAGUAAUUUUAUUAGAAUCAUGUAAAAUGGUUAACUGUGAUGACCUAUCUGUACACGUGUACUUAGGUUCCUGGUUAUAUUCAUAGUGCCUGUGUUCCUACCCAUCAGAAUACGCAUACAGUUGCAUUACGUAGGGAUGGAUGUCAUGGUCAUAUCGCAGUGGGAAACAUAAAAUCCAGGGCCAUUUAAUCAUGGGAGAGAUCUGGCACCAUUCUCCUGGUAGUGGAAAGCCUUCCCCAAAAUUUAUGGUAACUCAGCCUUGACAAUUAAAUGGAGGCCACAAGUCUCCCAUGUCCAACCAGCCAGAAAACCUGUUGGGUUUUGCGUGUGGUCACCAGGCAGUCGGGGUCCCUUGACAUUAGAUUGUGCCAGAUUGAAGGACUCGCCAUGAGGCUACUGAAUGUCACUCCUUGCCCUUGUUUCCAACUACCCCUCCUCCCUCCCCAAAUAGCCCUACCCCAUGACCAGCAUCAUGCCUUAGUUAGCUGUGGCCUUGAGUCCAUGCAAGAUGCUGCGUCUCAGGUGCAUGCAGUGCUGCUAGUAGUCACUACUCCUGCUGCUGGUCUUUGAUUAGCCAGCAGCUCUUCGUAGAAGGGAUUUCUGCCAUCAGGAUCUUCAAUUGUAAUGGACACUCAAUGGAAGCCACUUAAAUGUCAGAGGGAUACUUGAUUCCAUUGGGCAUCCCCCAUGGAAAUGACCUACCCAAGCCAUGGAUAAUUGAAUAGUGAGUGAGACCACAUUAGUCCAACAAGUUCAUAAUAUCAGCAAUUACUCAGUACCUGAUUUUCGCUAUCAAAUCAGGUAGCUUGAAUUAUGGAAGUUCCCUAGUCAGCUGACCUGCCCUGACUUAAAGGGCCCCAUUAGCCCUAAUUGCAGGUAGAUUGGUGUCUAGGCAGGCUGCCUACAAUUGUGGUUUUUCCUGGACUUUUUUCCAGUUGCUUUAUGGUUGUUAAGCCAACUAGCCCUCACACAAUCUCAUUCCCUCAACCAAAUCCUGUGGUCCCUGCUGGUUUCUAUGCCAACUCAUUCACAACUCUUUCCUUCUUCCCUUCCCCAGUUACCCCAAUGCCACCUCCAUGCCAACACAAGCUCCACACCUACAUAUUGACCACCUCCAUGCUCAUGCCACACCUUGUCAAAUUAUGCUGUCCCGCUAUAGCUUCUCAAUGUUGAUAUGCCACAUCCAUAGUCACUGACCCGUAUUCACUAUGGCUGGAAUUUAGGACUCGCGUGGAAAUGAAGAAAAAUUAAACUUGUGAGAAUCUAAUCUAGUGCUCACUCAUAUGGUAGUGAAAAAUUCCCAUUAAUGAAAACUCAUUCAAAACUUUUAUAUAUUGCCAAGUGGUUACUGUCUUAUUAAAAACAAAUGUCUAUUCAGACCCCAUAACAAAAACCUCUAAAUCCUUAAGUGCCUCUUGAAACUAUCAAUCAAACUGAACUCAAUUAGGAUAAUUGUAACUUCUGAAACUUAGCCAAGCAUUAAUAAUGAUGCCAUAAUGGCUACUGGGAAUUAUGAAGCCAUCUGUUGAUGGUAAUUUGUUUUCAAAGCUACAGCAGAUGGCCUGUCAAGGCAGUCCAGCAGAGGUCAUUUUUUUCCACUUUUAAAGAGUGGGCAAUUUAAAUAAAACCUGAGAUCAUGGCAUUGAAACACACCUUAUUUGCCCUUCAAGAGCUUUUAUGUCUCCUCUAUAAAUUUGUCGCUCCAAUUUGUGGGUUUAGGCUUUUGUAACUACCAGAGUUGGGAUUGGUUGAAUGGAGCAUAAGUUUUAUGUGGCCAUACUGAGUUUAGGUUUCCUAUUUGCUCGAGAUACAACUUCCUGAAAAUUGCAGCAAAGAUUAGAUCUGUUGUAAAUAGGGUGUGUCUUAUGCAUCUGGGACCUUACCCACCAUUUUUAAAGGCCUAUGUACCUAUCAACUCCACAAAAAUCCAACCCUAAGUCCAAAUGUUGUUCACAUGAUCACUAACCAAGUUAACUAUUUGAAUGACUAAACUCAGUUAAGUUAUAGACCAAAGCAAAAUAAGAACGAAUUAUACUAUUUAUAUGUGUAAUACAAAAAUCAGAACUAAGACUAUAUAUCUUUACACAUCUGCAGGCAGUAGUUUUCAAGAUGUACUAAUAGAGCCAGUAAUUUCACAAUGAAACAAAUUUGUGGUAAUUAUUUUAUUACAUUUGAUGGUGUUUAUGAAAGAAUAGCUUAUUUUAGCUGGUUGACAACUGACCAACUAAAUUAUAAAUAUAAAUAUAAAUUAUAAAUAUCUUCUGCACUAAAACAAUAAUAUAUCUGGAAUGGUUUCUCAACAUUAAUCUUUGGAGUAUACAUACUGGUAUCAGUAUAAUAUAAGCACAACCCUAAUGCGAAGAGUAUACCAUUCACCUCUGUUAUAUGUAUCUCCAAUUAAAAGAAGAUAUCAUGAUGCUACAUUGCACUAUACCUGCUUACCAAAUCUGAUGUAGAGGAAAUGGAGAUUUUAACUGAUUUUCAGAUUAAGAUCAAUGUGGCACAAGUUUAAAGGGGCCUUUCACAUUUUUGAUAUUUAGAGAAGACACUGCCUCCAGUAGCAAUAACUGAAGUAUUAAAACAGUAACUCAUUUUAAAUUGCAUAUUUAAUGAGAAAUUUUAAUGUACCAACUAAGAUUCAAAGAAAUGAGUAAAAUAAGUAGUAAUUUUGUAGCAUUUGGCUCAUGAAGAAGUGUAUCAAACUUUGUUUUGUGGAGGGGCAGGAGUCAGAAUAUGUGUCAAUUUCAUCAUAGUUCAGUUCUCAAAUAAUGUUGUGAUGUGUUUACCAUAAUUGACAUGAGAUGUGUGGUGGUGAAGGGGUGGAUAGCUCAAGUCCAGGAAUAAUAAUCCUUUAAAAACUUAAGCUGAUCAUUUCAAGAUGGUGAGUGAAGGAUAGAUUACUGAAUACCCAUGGUAAUGACUUGAAGGAGUUUCAGCACCACAGUAUCACAGAAUGGAAAUACAUUUUCAAGCAUGCAGUUACUUUCUGCUGAUGUUGCAAAAAUGUUUUGUAACUGGAAACUUAAUUGUACUUAAACCCUAAAGCAGAACCUCUUGCAGAAUAUUGGGAACAUAAUUAAAAGUGGUGAGUCAUCACACAAGUCACACCUGCUCAGCACUAGAUUAGAAUUACAGUCAAGAAUGUACAGUUUAUUGUUUUAAUGAGAUUUUUGAAGAUAUAAAACACAUUUAACCAAACAAAAGCUUUGAAUGGCUACCGUGUAUCUUGAACUGUAAAUACCGAACUGAAUAUAUAUUCAUUAGUUUCUUCCAUUUCUUGCACUUUGAAUAUUUAGAAUUGCCGUAUUCGCUUCAAGAAAAUGCAGAUUUUUAUUCAAAAACUGAAGCUGAAAUGAAAAUGUACAUGUAGUUCCAUCUGCCUCUUAAAAGAUCAUGACAUAUGUAAUUAUUUCUUUAUGUAAAAAAAAACACAAAAUAAUGUUGAAUUUUAUAGAAUGUUCUAAAUGAACCUUAUCUGGCAGGCGGUUUAAUAAAGUCUGAACAGAUGUU